CAUCGCACCAACAACACUCACUCACUCACUUCCCCUUCCUCUCUCGUUUUACUACUCAACAAAGAAAAACAAACAAAAGUACCUUACUUUAUCCAAUUACUUACCUCUUCGUCACAAAUCAACCAGUCCAAUUCCUCCCUGAAGCGCUAAACAAUAACAACAACCUAAUACCUACUACCUACCCUCCACAAUGAUCACCGACGACGAACUCCACCGUCUGGCCGUCUUCCUCGGCUCUUGCGCCAUGAUGAUGAUCGUUCUUUACCACUUCCUCGAGGUCAAUCAGAAAGAAGAUGACGAGGAGGUCGACGUCAAAAACAACAACAGCAACAGCAAGCAACAAUCUACGGGCGCGUCGUCGUCGUCGGCUGGUUCGACUACUACCACUGCGUGAAUUUGAUUUGAUUUGAUUUGAUUCGGUUUGGACUUGGAAUUGGAAUUGCAGGGGCAAUGUCGUUAUUAUAAUUGUCAAUUGAUUGAUUGAUCGAUUGAUGGAUCUGGCCUUGGAAUGCGGUUUGGUUUCCGACUUUGCGAUACAAACUACUACAAUGUAUGGUCUAUUGUUCCUGGGCGUGUGCGCAAAGGAGAUAGACAGACAGACAG